UCUUUUAGUUCUGUUGUCCUGUGGCGUGCCAUUUUAGAUGAAAUUGCGCGCAAUUUGCUGUAACGUAUUCGUGAGUGUUUGUGAAAAAGAUACAUUUUGACGCACGUAUUUAUAUAAAUUCCGUCUAGCUGUUACAACAAUGGAGGACUCUGGUAUAUGUUGUUAACCAAAGCGGAUCUAAUGGAUCGUGCCUUUUACUUCGAGUUAUAAGAAAUGGAGGAAUAUCACGCACGUGUGAUCUUUCGAUUUAGUAUGUCCGAUGAUAUACACAUCACAUUGAAACGUUUUCAGUAAAAUAUUGUGUGUUAUCAUCAAGAGACUGUCAUAGAUUCACGUGAGCGACUGGUUGAGUGCGAUAGUGAUUAGACUCUACGAGACGCGUGUUUGUUGUUAUCUCCUCGGAUAACACUAUUAUUUGAGAAAAAUUCUACAGUUACCUGACAAUUUCUACAAGAAUGUUCGGGCAAACUGGAAAUACGUCAUUCAGUGGAUUUAAUACAGCAACGCAAAACAGUCCAUUUGGUCAAUCCGCAUUUGGUAAACCCAUUACUACAACAAGUUUUGGUAGUGGUGCAACACCUGUCUUUGGUAGUAGUACUUCACUCUUUAAUUCUAAGCCUACAGGUUCUACCACAGGUGGCUUGUUUGGCAAUACUGCAACGCCACCAGCAUUUAGACAGCCAACUAGUACCCAACCAUCUUUUGGAGGAUUUGGAACAACGAAUACAAGCACUAAUCUCUUUGGCACACAGCAGAAUGCAGCAACAAAUCUUUUUGGUUCAAGCUCUGCAACUUCUGCAUUUGGUCAAGCAAACAAGCCUAGUGGUUUCAGCUUUGGCACGACGUCUGGAACCAACCUCUUUGGGCAACCACAACAACCUGCGCAACAAACUACUCCAUUUGGUCAACAGAAUACUACCACAAAUACAAAUCUUUUUGGUACAAACACAGGCUUUGGCAACAGCAACACUACCACUACAGUACCAAUGGGCACAGUAGUGAAAUUCACACCUGUAGUUACAACCGAUUCUAUGUCCAAAAAUGGGAUAUCACACAGUAUUUCGGCACGUCAUUGUUGCAUCGUGGCUAUGAAGGAAUAUGAGUCAAAAUCAUAUGAAGAAUUACGUUUUGAAGAUUAUCAAGUGGGAAGAAAAGGUCCGCAAAAUACUGGACUUUUUGGAACACCAGCACAACCAUCGCCAUUUGGCAAUACAACAGCUGGUACUAGCACGGCUGGUACAGCUUUUGGAUCGAUGACUGGAGGAUUCGGUACUACUAGUCAGUCGGGAUCGACUGGACUAUUUGGAAAACCUAUCACUAAUUUCGGAACACCAGCGACUACAACCAAUAGUUUUGCAUUUAAUUCCCCAUCCAGCACGAAUCUAUUCGGUACUAACUCUCAAGCAAAACCUUUCGGCACAGCUGCACCAACGCCACUUUUUGCAACUAACAAUACUAACCAAACUGCUGGUACAGGUUUUGGUGGUAUUAAUACCGGACAGAGUACCGGUUUCGGAUCGGCAUUUGGCUCCACGCAACCUAAUCAGAGUAUUGGACUCUUCAGCCAGAACAAAUCCGCCUUUAAUAUUCCAUCGACAUCAACUAGCACUGGUUUCACUGGUUUCGGCCAAACAGCGUCAAACAAUACCGCUACGCCAUUGUUCGGCAAUAAAACAACUACCGCCGGAUUUGGGACAUCUACAUUCGGCACAGCUGCACCCUCGGCCUUUGGAACCAAUACUGGUUUUAAUUCGGGCCAGAAUACCGGAUCCUCGUUGUUUAAUUCAUCUUUCAAACCAGCUGGACAAACGUCGGGAUUUUCUUUCGGGAACACAUCCACAUCAUCAACUGGACUUGGUACGAACACUGGUUUGAAUCUGGGUGGCGGCACUUCCUUGUUCGGACAGCAAAAGCCAGGCAGCUUGUUUGGAAAUACCGGGAGUAACACAACAUUCAACAACCCUGGGUCGUUUGGAACUUCCACUUUUGGAACAAAUUCCAACAUGAUGGCUGGAAUAGGAACAGGCUUACUUAACGGAGGGAUAGCAUCAAACCAAGCGAAAAAUGAUUCGGUACCGGUGCAUCAGCAGAUCUUGGCCCUUGUUUCUGCACCAUUCGGUGAUUCACCAUUGUUAAAGAAUCUUUUACCCGCGUCUGGAAAAGCUGAAGAAUUGCUAAAACCUAUAAAUCCAACAUCGAAAAUGUUGAACAGUCCACAGUACAAAGUUACUGCCAACAGCAGGUCUCCUAAAAUUAAAGCAAGAGCCGUUAGUGCAGUGCAACUGUCAAAGAAAUCCUUGUUUGAUGGUCUAGAAGAAGAGGAUCCUGUGUUAUCUGAAGCUUUCCAACCUCGGCCAAACGCAAAGCGUUUAGUGCUGCGACCGAAAUCAGCUACAAACUCUUCGAUUCAGUCUCCUACCGAAAAUGGACCAGUAACGAAACUCACUGGCACAGACGAUAUUAGAGCAGACGUGUCAAAUGGAUAUGGUAACAGUAUCGAAGUAACCAACAAGGAAAAUCAUAGCCAAGAUAAUAAUCGACUUGCAAACGAUCGACGGUCGUCCACAUCCUGGUUGAAAUCGACAAUUCCACGGAAAAACAAAGUCCCGGAUGACGAAUUGGAGGGACAACGAUCGCCAUUCUCUGGAACGACAAACAUGAACGAAGAAAUAAAUAAUACGGUGGCCGAACUAAGACCACAGCAUAAUUCGUCGAAUUCGACGCAUUCGGAUACACUUAAUUCCAUCGAAAUACCACUCAAUUCUUCUACUCUCGGUGACAAGAGCUCUGCGAAUCUUACUGUGCAGAAUACAGAUUCGAGUCAAGAUGCAGACGAGAGUUCAUUUUCGAUGCUGCAGCCAAAUUGGACUAUGAAUAUGGCUAAAGUUACGUUGCGACGAGCGGGUUAUUAUACCAUUCCACCGAUUGAUAAAUUAGACGAUUACGUUUGCGGCGAAACUUGCAACGUGCCGAACUUCACCGUCGGCCGUGAAGGCUACGGGAACGUAUACUUUCCGGAUUCAUUCGACGUGUAUGGCUUGAAUCUAGAUGAAAUUGUUCACUUCCGGCACAAAGAAGUAAUCAUUUACCCGGAUGAUGACAAGAAACCGCCAGUCGGGCAAGGUUUGAAUCGCAAAGCACAGGUCACGCUGGACAAAGUGUGGCCGCACGACAAGUCGUUGCAUGAGCCAAUCACAGAUCCGCAACGACUCGCCGCAAUGAAUUACGAGGGAAAAUUACGCCGGGUGUCCGCGAAGCACGACACUCGUUUCCUCGAGUAUCGCCCAGAAACCGGCUCAUGGGUCUUCAAGGUCGAUCAUUUUUCCAAGUACGGCCUUAGCGACUCAGAUGAAGAUGACGGCCAAGUACCGUCAGCUUCGGAAGCGAAGAAAUUGAAGGGCGUACCCGUGCCUCAGCAGAAAGGUGUUAAUGCGGGAAAGACCGAUCUCUUGACGACCACAAACAAAGACGUGAUGAUGAACGGUGGCACAGCGAAGAUUGGAAACGACAAGCAUCCGGAGAUUGAGAGUAAUUAUCUAGGGGAGACUUCGAUCGGCCGCAUGUUCGCUCCCCGCGACUACAGCUACGAGAAGCAGCCGUCAGCCGUUAGCCCGGUCGGCGACAACGCACGAGUCGCCGGUACAGACAGUCACAAAUUGCAGCUCAUGAAAGCGAGCUUCUUUGACACUAACGAUGAUGACGUCGCCAACGAUGAGCCGAACGGCGACAUACUCCCGUCCGUGCGCAAGACUCUGAUUCGCUAUUUCCCUAACACUCCUGAGGCCAAGAGGGACGAAACAACCUACAGUGCGACCUUACGCUCGAGCUUCAUUAUGAACGAAACUUCGUCAUUUUAUGCGGGCCAAGAGGAUGCGCUGUAUACGUUGAGCAAUAUUAAGCCAUCGCAGCCAGCGUAUGUAAUCAGCAGCGUCAAGCCCGAUCAUCGAGAGCUGCCAAUUGCCGAGAGGACGAUUCUACCGCCAGUGGUCUCACCGGUAACCAGUGUGCUGAAGUAUCAGUUCGAGGUGGUGCCGCUCAAGGAGUCUCGGUUGAACAAGCUACAAUUCCGCUGUGUCGCUGAUACCGGCGUGCAGAUGGGUAGGAUGUUUCGGCCAAGUUGGGGAGUUGGUCUGACCUUGUUGUCCCUGAGCACUCAUAAACAAGCGUCCAAAGUGCAGCUGCAGAGCGCCUUCAGCCAGCUGAGCAACUACGUUUCCGGUCGUCUAGCCGACGACAUCACGUCGACCGCGAUCGUGCAACGGUUGCAGAUCUUGGGCGGUGACGAGGACGACAUUAAAGCCUUCAAGGAUAGCAUAGACCGUCAUCUGAGGAUCCAAUUGGAGCAUUGUGUGAUCGGCCAAGACGGCGACUGUCCCAUUUUCGACGUAUCCUUGGACACCGCUAUCGAAGCCUUAAGGUUGCAUUGCACCUUGGCUCAAGAGCUCGCGGAGAAGGAGCAGAGGGGAAUGAACGAAGACGUGAGCGAUGAUCAGAUAUACCAGCCCAGUGCCGAGCGCUCGUUCCGUCAAUACGCCAGCAUUGUGUGGAAGUUGUGCGUGGCACUGUGGGGUGAAAUGCUCGACCACGAGUCCCUCGUCGAGGAGGGAGACCAUCAUGACAUAAUGACGAGAAGAGAAGCCAUAGGCGAGUGGCUGAAGAGCGUUGUGCAGAAGACGGUCGAGCAAGAGAUCAAGAGCGUGAGCGGCGACAACUGUCACGAGAAGGUCAUUCUGUCGUUGUUGUCCGCCUGCAAACUGGAGGACGCUUGCCAGUUCGCUCGUAAAGCCGGCGACCAUUGCCUGGCGCUGCUGAUGGCGCAGCUGCGCAGCGGGAUGCCCGUGAAGGAGUUGAUCAAGCAGCAAUUGGCCCUGUGGCAAGAGACCGACGUGGAUGAGAACCUCACGAUCGAGCGACUCAAGCUGUUCAUGAUAGUGGCGGGCGAGCCGUUGAUCAGUAGCAAACAUGGCACCAUCAACGUGUGCGAAGAUCUCGACUGGAAACGAGCUUUCGCCAUUCACCUAUGGUACCUGUCGUCGCCGACCUGCUCGAUCACGGACGUGCUUGAUCUCUAUGAAACGUCGUUCAACACGACGGAGAGCGAGGUGUACGCGGCGGCGCCUGAACCUGAGUACAGAGGCAGCGAUUACGACGCCGAGAUAAGUAACGGCAGGCGGAUAUACGAUCUUUGCUUCCAUCUUUUGAAGUUGUACUGCACCGGGAUUCAUGAUUUGGGAGAGCUGCUGAAUCCGCUGUCUUACACCGCUAAUCCGCUGGAUUACAGACUGAGUUGGCUGAUGCAACAGUUGCUCGUGGGCUUGGGCUAUACGCACUUGGCCGACCACGUAUUCGCGUUGACGCACGCGAACUUCGCCACGCAGUUAGAGGCGCACGGUCUGUGGCACUGGGCGAUCUUCGUGAUGCUGCAUCUACGCGAUUCGGUUAGACGACGAGCCACCGUGCAAGACCUGCUGUUGCGCCACAUAGAGAUAGACGACACCCCGGAGUACGCGCAGCGUGAGCAGUUUCUGAAGGAGGAGCUCGGUAUAUCAUCCGUUUGGAUUCAUCAAGCUAAAGCCAUUAAGAGUAGAAUCAAUAAGAGGUAUGGCGAAGCGGCUUGGUACUACAUACAGGCGGAACAAUGGAAUCAGGCUCACGAAAUCAUUAUAGAACACUUGGCAGCCGAUGCUAUAAUAAACGAGAAUUACGAGUAUCUAAGAUCUUUGUUAAACCCCUUAGUACCAGUUGAAUAUAGUAGCGCAAUUAGUGGGUGGACGCAUCAAGGACAGCUUCUGUGGGAAUACAUGGAAAUAACUAACGAAAUACAAAACCUGCUGCAUACAUCGGAUUUCUGCGGAAUAACGUAUCAACUAGAAGCGCUGAAGCCGCGGUUGACGUCUUUGUGUCUCAACAUUGAUCAGUUUCCAUGUCCAACCGCCAAACACAGGUUGUGUCAGGCUGAAAUCGCCAAGAGAACUUUGCACUUGGCUAGAAAUCUAUUGGUACUGCAGAAGAACGACAGCAGAUCCGUCACGAAAUUAUUAGUCCGUCUGAUAUCUCAGCUACCUUUGCCCGAGGAUUAUGCGCAACAGGAACUUCGUCCUAUCGUUAAUAUGCGUGUGACCGAAGUGAUGUCGCAGUGAAUACGAAUAUAUGCCCAAUAGUAUACACACUACGUACAUGCACACGUUAAUUAACUUUCAAAUCGCAUGAAUUGUUGGAGUUUUUACAUCGUUAAUUACGAUAGAAGAACCGGAUUUUUUUUUUUUUCUUCCCGCCAGUUACAACCGCGCACGUAAAGCAGAAAUAAGAGGCUUGAAAAGGCGUAGGACGUAUCAGAUACCGGACGAGUCGAGUCCGCGCGAGCGACUCGUAUAUACACAGUAGAUUAUUAAGCUGGAAAAUAUUAAACGGACACUUGGUGAAAUAUAUUAAACAUGUGAUAUACUAUUUAAGUGUUUCUUACAUUUUUAUCAAUUCGCACAAAAUUCUAUUGAGCGAUCUAAGAGGUAACUGUGUGUAAACGCGUGCGAUGUAACCGAAGAUUAAUGUCGGUGUGAUCUUGCCGAAUUAGUGUUGAAUGUCACGCAUACACGUGAUUUGCACGUGAUUUCCAUUACGUAUUAGUGAUUUUUAUGUUAAUUGUUCUUUUAUUUUUAAACAAAUGAAACGGGAUAUUCGGCGGUCCGCAAAACUCCAAUUCCGGAAAUUAUACCGGUAUCAAUCGUUGGACGUCAUUAACAACUGGAUGUAACUCACAACUAACGAAUCAUCAGUUGCGAGAAAGACGCGGUAGAAGGACUUAGAUGAGGAAUUGUUCUAUAUACAUUUCUGUGAACUUUUCCUUUUUUUAUUUUUUUUUUUUUUUUUUGUAAAAUAUAUGUAUUGUUUGAAUAGCAGAACUCGCAUUAAACAUCGUACGAAACACUUUAAUUCGCGAUUGGAUGUCUUAUAGUGGUUAAAAAAGGUAUUUGCUACAAUGUGACCUUAUUCUCAACGUAUUAAUACCAAUAAAAAUGAUAUAUUCUGGUAGAAGCUGUGUAGUGAUAUUUUUCUCUCUCGAUGUAAAUCUAUUCCAAAACAAAAUGAAGCAUGCAAAUGCUUCUUUUACCCACUAUAUGUAUGCGAAGAACACUAAUUUAUAUCAUAUUAUACGACGCGUGUCAUAUAAUAUGUGUAAAAUCCCUAUCUCUCUUGCAUUCCGAUCGUUCCAUUACGUUUGUAGCUUUCUUCCGCGCUGACGAAGUUUAAGUACCGAGUACCACUGACGAAUGUAAUUAGCAAGUGUAAAAAUGGUUUAUCUAUAUAUUAUAAAAUACCAUAGAUUUGUAUAUUAUAUUAAAUACCGGGGGAUAAAUAUCCGAAGUAGAAAUAUAUUUUGCGCGUUUGUCGAGGAAAAGAGAGAGAUAGAGAAAAAGGCGUGAUACUGCAUGCAACAUAAAGUUUUCUAUUGUCGUACGAGCAGAUGCUAUUACGGAAGAAAUCGAGUAAAGUAGGAUUACGUUUGAGAAGUGGCGGAAUGCGUUACGUGUAAGGAAUAUUUGUAUAAACGAAACCGAAUUUUCACUCUUUUAAAGUUGAAAUAAAUAAAUACUAUAUA